UCAGUCAGAAGUAGAAAAUUGUUUUCGUCUUCGUUACAUUAUUAUUGUUUACGUCUACCUGAGAGCUAUUAAAUCACCUAUGAAGAACCCUGUUAUUACACCUACUGGUUCUGCUACCACGUCUGACAUAUUUGAAUCAGUAAAAUGAUUAAGUUUUGGAAGAGCGCAGCAAAAGGAAAAACUGGCUGUCCAGUACGGCCACCUGAAACGAGCGUAAUCGACAGUUCCGGUAGUAAAACUUAUUUAGACACGCAUAUAGACAGUGAACUGAAAGAAAACUCUCGGAUAUUCCAAAAAAAAUCGAAAUUGAAUUUAAGUGUACAUGAUAUACUUGUAGAUAAGAAAGCUAUAAAAUACUUUAUUCAGUUUAUGGAAACUAUUGGCCAGCAUGUGCUUGUCAAAUGCUGGUUGGAAUUAGACAACUUUAAGGUCCUUGUUUUGCAAAAUAGUUCAAAUGGUGAAAUCGACAAUCAUUGGAAACUGAGCAGAACAAAAAGUUUUGACCUGCAGUGCAACUCGCAAAGCAAGCCGCCCCCCACGCAUGCGUCACAAAGAUUCAGCUGGACUGAAGACAGUGCUAAUGCCUAUAAACAAAAUAUGCAGGAGUGUUCCACAAGUUCUCUUGGGAACUUGGCAGAACACCCUGCACUAGAAAAUGUCUCUAAUUAUAAAUGUAAACAUAACCCAACCGAAGAAGCCAUCAAUUUAUUUAAAAAAUAUGUAGCACUAGAAGCACCACACCAACUAGACUUACCGGAUAGUUUAAGAAAAACUGUUAUAACUAAUAUUUGCAAUCCUGAGGGGCACAUAAAAGAAGAUUGCUUUAAGCCGGUUGAAGAUGAAUUGUUCAAUCAAAUUGAACAGAGAUAUUUUAAGGACUUUCAGAACAGUCCACUCUACAUUAAGGCACAAAUAGAUUUAUUGACCAGCGGCUCUCUAGGACUGGAAGACAUUUUGUAUAAUGAAGCCAUAUUAUUUUACUUUAUGGAGUACUUGGAGCAGGAAUCAUGCAGUAUUUUACUAGAAUUUCUUAUGGCUGUAAUGCAUUUCAGGGAUAAUUUAAUUAAUGCCAACACUACCAGCCCGGAGCAAGCUCAAACAGAUGCAAUUGUUCUCUACGACAAGUAUUUUUCACUCCAAGCGACAAGUCCUAUUGGCUUCUCCACAAAUAUUAGGUCUACAAUCGAAAGUGACAUUUGCAGAGAAGGCGGACCUCUUCCAACAUGCUUUGAUAUACCUUAUCAAAUUGUAUUCAAUACCCUAACCCGCUAUGUAAAAGCAUUUUUAGAAUCUGAAUUAUAUUAUAAGUAUCUCUCUGAAAUGAUUCACUCUGUAGAUAAUAUGUGGUCUGCUAAUCAUAAGUCACAUUCAGAUUGCAGCAGUGAAUUUAGUAUAAGCACUCAAAAUACUCUACUUGCAAUGGGUGAUCCCAUCUUCCGCAAAAAGAAACGUAACCAUUCCGUGCCUGACAUGACAAUAGACUCUAACCAGCUUUACAAUGCAGACUCAUUAUGGCAGAGAAAGAGGUAUGACGGUUUGAUCCUUGGCAGAGUGAAUAGUUUGGGACGAUUCGAAUCAAAAUUUGAACCCGAUCCAGACAAAAAAGAUAAAUCGGCUUUUAAGAAAAUGGUCAGUCGAUUUGUGCCAAUUAAUACAUCUAAAGUCGAUGAAGAAAUGGCCUGGCAAAUUGCUCAUAUGAUUGUAAAAGACGUGACCGACCUGACAAUGGCCCCACCAGAAAAUGAACGUGAUGAUGUAUGAACAUGUGAUAGUUAUUGUUUUAAAGUAUAUUUUGUAAAUGAUUAUGUAUAGAAUACGUAUAAAAUAAAAAUUAACACAUA